GAUUCGCUUCGCUAUCCCCCCCUUCUCCUACCUCGAGAUCAAAUUGGCCAUGCCCUGUGUAACCUGAACUCCGCGAAAAUCCACCCUCCCUCUUCCCUUCCCCAACGGACACUUCCACAUAUGCUCCGGACGUCGUAUUCCUCUUCUGAACCGCGCGUCGCCGCUCCGUCUCGGCCUAACGGCUCCUGCCAGAAAUGGCGGCGACCCUCCCUCGCCGCUUGCUUCUCCUCUCCGACUUGCUCCCUCUUCCCGUCCCCAACGGAUACAUCCACAUAUGCCCCGGACGUCGUAUUCCUCCUCUGAACCGCCCGUUGUCGCUCCGUCUUGGCCAAACGGCUCCUGCCAGAAACGGCGACGUCGUACUGUGGCUCCGGCCUCCGCCGCGGUAUAUAACGGGUUUGAUCCUCCUCUCCGGCUGUAUGCAACAUGGAUUCCAGCAGCUUACAUCGUACGGAACCCACCGACAAGCCAGCCGGCAGAACCCGCAAGUCGCUCGACACUGGCUCGAUCAUCCUCAUCGUCUUGGCGGUCCUCGCCGCCGUGGGGCUGCUGGUGCUGGCUAUCUGGUGCAUCCGCCGGCGGAAGCAGAAGCCCAGGGCUCCAGCUGCGAUCCGUCGGCGCGAGCGACUCCCGGCCGGGACGGCGGCCGUCCGCAUUGGCGAAAGCGGCGCCGGGCGACUCCCGGCCGACGCAGAGGCCGUCCGCAUCGGAGACCGCGGCGCCGGGCGACUCUCGGCCGACGCAGCGGUCGUCCAGACGGGCGAAAGCAGCGGCGCCGGCGAGGGAGCCGGAGUCCAAGCCACCGGCUGUCCGAUGUGUGGCCGCCCGUACGACAACGAGCCGGGCAAGUGAGCACCGGAAAGGCUGAAUUGCGGUCACGUGUUCCAUGGGGAGUGCAUCAGGCGCUGGGUCGCGGUCAACCUGGCUUGCCCAGUGUGCAACACGACCCACAUCAAUCUUUUUGGGAAGACGCCCGGCGAGGCCACGGCAGGAAGGCACCGCUACUCGUUCAGCCAUCUCGAGAGCUCGAUCACCACCAAGGACGACAUCACCGUCGGCAGUUCGAGCUUCCGGCAACGAGAUUGGGUUUGAGUUUCCCGGGGGGAUGAAUUCUAGUAGAAUGCAGCUGUAGUGUUUUCUCUUUCGAUUUUAGAACUGAACUGUUGGUCUAUUGAUUAGCAUCAGUAGAGAAGUGGUGUUUGCCGCGGUUGUAAUGUAGUGAAAGUUGACGAUGUGACAUCAUCCUGCCUAGUUUCAUAAUCAAAAAAACUUCCUAGAUCA